CGCGGGGCCGCCGCUCGCCGCGCCUGGAUGCGCCCCCCGCCACCGCGCCCGCGGCUCCCAUGGCGGUGGCACGGAAAAUCAAAACUUUGUUGACGGUGAACAUCUUGGUCUUCGUGGGCAUCAUCCUCUUCUCCGUGUACUGCAGGAUCCAGGACCGCUCGCAGGAGCUGGUGCAGAUCGUCCGGAGCGCGGAGCGCCGGGCCAGGAGCCGCGGAGCCAAGGUGGGCAGCCUGGCCGACAGGGAGUCCAUCCUGCAGCGCCUGGACCACCUGGAGGAAGUGGUCUACAACCAGCUCAAUGGUUUGGCAAAGCCCAUGGGAUUAGUUGAAGGUCCAGGAGGCUUGGGCCAGGGGGGAAUGGCUGCUACCCUGAGAGAUGAUAGCCAUGAAUCAGAGACUAAGUAUGAAGAAUAUGGUUACAAUGCCCAACUCAGUGACAGGAUAUCACUGGACAGGUCCAUCCCUGACUACAGACCAAAAAAGUGCAAGCAGAUGAGCUACCCAGAGGACCUGCCCCAGAUCUCUGUGGUGUUCAUAUUUGUGAACGAGGCUCUGUCGGUCAUCCUGCGCUCCGUGCACAGCGUGGUGAACCACACCCCAUCCCACCUGCUCAAGGAGAUCAUCCUGGUGGAUGACAACAGUGACAACGUUGAGCUGAAGUUUAACCUGGACCAGUAUGUCCACAAGAGGUACCCAGGCCUGGUGAAAAUCGUGCGGAACACCAAACGGGAGGGGCUGAUCCGAGCCAGGAUCCAGGGCUGGAAAGCUGCAACCUCUCCUGUGGUGGGGUUCUUCGAUGCCCACGUGGAGUUCAACAUUGGCUGGGUGGAGCCUGCCCUGACCCGCAUCAAGGAGGAUCGCAAGCGGAUCAUCCUGCCCGCCAUCGACAACAUCAAGUACAACACCUUCGAGGUGCAGCAGUACGCCAACGCCGCCCACGGCUACAACUGGGGGCUCUGGUGCAUGUACAUCAUCCCCCCGCAGGACUGGCUCGACAAAGGGGACGAGUCAGCUCCCAUCAGGACACCAGCCAUGAUUGGAUGCUCUUUUGUGGUGGACAGAGAGUAUUUUGGUGAGAUUGGCCUGCUUGACCCUGGCAUGGAGGUCUAUGGAGGAGAAAACAUCGAGCUAGGCAUGAGGGUGUGGCAGUGCGGGGGCAGCAUGGAGGUGCUGCCCUGCUCGCGCGUGGCGCACAUCGAGCGCACCAAGAAGCCCUACAACAACGACAUCGACUACUACGCCAAGCGCAACGCCCUGCGCGCCGCCGAGGUCUGGAUGGAUGACUUCAAGUCACACGUCUACAUGGCCUGGAACAUCCCCAUGGCAAACCCCGGAGUUGACUUUGGAGACGUUUCUGAAAGGAUUGCUCUGCGGCAGCGGCUGCAGUGCCGCAGCUUUAAGUGGUACUUGGAGAACGUGUAUCCUGAGAUGAGGGUUUACAACAACACAGUCACUUAUGGAGAGGUACGGAACAGCAAAGCCAGCGGCUACUGCCUGGACCAGGGGGCUGAAGAGGAUGACAAAGCCAUCCUUUAUCCAUGCCAUGGAAUGUCCUCCCAGCUUGUCCGCUACAGCUCGGAAGGUGUCCUGCAGCUGGGGCCACUGGGCUCCACCGCCUUCCUGCCCGACUCCAAAUGCCUGGUGGACGAUGGCAAGGGCAGGACACCCACCCUCAAGAAGUGUGAAGACGUCCUGAGGCCAGCACAGAGGUUCUGGGAUUUCACACAGAAUGGUCCAAUCAUCAGCAGAGACACUGGCCGCUGUCUAGAAGUGGAAAUGUCAAAGGAUGCAAAUUUUGGGCUCAGAUUAGUUGUACAGAGGUGCUCUGGGCAGAAAUGGAUGAUUAGAAACUGGAUCAAACACGGUCGGCACUGACUGGGGCUGAGCUGCCUCUCCUGCUGGUGUCCAUUGCUCAGUGUGCCAUAUCUCGUGAGGCAUUUGUCUUAAAGCAAAUUAGUUUGAACAGUUCUUGGCUCUCAAGAGUCCUCCAUAGUUGGGCAUUCCAAGGAAAGAAAGAAGAAAAAGGAAAGCAGACACACACAUGCCCUGUUUGACUCUUCCUUGCUCCAGCAGAUGAUGUGGGGAAGCUUAACGAGAGUUUUCUGUUGAUUUUGGAAAUCUUGUGAAGACCAGAACACAACAGGAAAGUGGAUUCCUUAAGCUCUCCUAGAGGAAUUGACAGACAGAUCUUUCAAAGGAGACAUCCCAAUACUGCCUCAUAAAGAGAGUUCUCUGAUGGGUAGCUUUUUAGCUUUAAGUUUUGGACUGGUGCACAACUCCUAUGGUGAAUAAUUACGUGCCUUUUUUAUUGUACUUCAUAUAAAAGAGGACUGGAAAAAUCCUACCUUCUCAGCAUGUCUGGUUCAUUGUACUAAACAAGAAGAUCUGUAAAUAACACUGGAAAUAUAAUAUAUGAUACAUUUCAAGGUUGAUUGUUUAGGAGUCUCUGUUUCUGGAAAGAGACUGUUCUGCAAAUGUUUACAGGUGGUUCUCAACCUUCAGGCUGCUGGAAAGCAGCAUUUUAGAGACCUCUUCUAGUUAGACACAGGUAAAUGUUAAAUAGGUAAAAUAGUCACAUGCUCUGUUAUAUUGCCACAUUUUACAUUUGUUGGCUGUAGAGGCAUCACAGUUUAGCACUUGGAUAUUUGGCUCUUCUGAGGCAGUAAAUGUCCUGGUGGAUGGAUGGAUAGAUGGAUGGAUUUCAGGAGGCCUCAGCUGGCCCCAAAGCCCUGAGUGUAUGUGGGUCCCUGUCACUGUUGUGUUGUUCCAGAGACUGCCUGGAACAAGAAUACUCCUUAUUCUGGAAAUAAAUUGACUGGCUUAGGUGCCAUCUGUGGAGCUUAAAAACUUGGAUCUUCCAUUUUGUUUCCCAUCCUGUGAAAAUGUCAAAUGUGAGCAAAUAUGCUUUGUGAGCACUGUCUAGACAAAUUUCCUGAACAAACCAACAGAGUCUUUUCAGCAUUUGAAAAACAAACACAAGCCUAAUGACAAGAAGGCAAAUUAGAGCAAGAGGUAGGGAGCAUAUAUAAAUACUGUUACUCUGAAAUAUAAAUAUUUUACUGUAGCUGACCCAAUGGCAGCAUUUUUGUGAACCUGAAUUUAAUAAGGUAUCCAGUGGUUCAUGCAGGAUCAGUGCAUAUGGACAGAGCAGUGACAAGGUCUUAUCCAAAAGGCUGUCAAAAUUGAUGACCACUGUCAUCAGCAGAUUUUGGAUGUGAGUCCAUGGCACACAGCUUUUCUGUGCAGAAGAUGUCAGUCAUACUGAAGGAGAGACACAGGUGGCAUCUGUUAAUUUCACUGUUUAAUAUUUUAUAGUUAUUUUUUUUUAAAUUUUGUUUUGUUUUACUGAGCCAGGAAAAUAGGUAAUUGCAGUCAUUGUGAUACCAUGAAUCUUGGUGAUCUGUUCCUUGAAUAACUUUUGCCAUUCCUAUUUCAAGGCAUGCUGAACAAAAUAGAGUGGAAACAAAGUUAAUUUUUCAAGGGCAUGAUAUGUAAUAAAAUAUUUACUUUUAACAUGCAAAAUCCAUCAGUUCUUGUCAACUUUUGGUUAGUAUCUGGAAAGCAUAUCACUAUAUUUUGCCCCAAUUUUAUUCUUGAAAUAGACUGUGCAAGAUGCAUUACAAAGCCAAUUUUCCUGGAGUUUAUUUGUGGCUAAUUGCUGAUCUUUAUUCAUGUCUCAUGGACCAGGUUACACAUGAAUGUAAAGAAAAGAAUGAUUCUGGGUGAGAGUCUAGACAUAAAAAUGCUUAAAAUUCUGUGUUUAUGGUAAGUUGUACACAACCUUUUGAACAGUGUAAUAAGAUCUGCAGGGAGAAUAGCAUCUUUAAUAAAUCAAGCAAUACUGUAUAAAAUCAUGGACAAUCUCAGUAUUCAAGCCUUCCUGCAGGUCCAAAACAGGUAGGAGACUUCAGGCUAAAUAUAGAUUGGAAACAGCUGCCCUGCAUUUAACUUCCUUAUGUUAAGCUAUCAGACAAUUUAAAAUUAUAUUUACCAUCUAUGCAGCAGAUGUUGAAGGCUUUGUACAGGAGUGAGUUUGUGAGUUUUCAUCUUCUCUCCAAAUACAAUUUCCACCUUUUAAAAUGUAUGAAAGCUGUAUUCUUCUUUUGUUUGCUCUGAUGGAGUUUUACUCCUUGAGGGAGGUGAGAAGGCAAAAGAAGGAAAAGAUGGUUUUGCCAGGUGAGUUUUUGGAGGAGUAACAGAUCAUUCACACUCAUUUUUAGUCUUUUCACUGAGUAAGUGCUAACUAUUUUAUAUGAACAUGGCAGGAAGUGGAAAUUAAUUAUAUAUCAGUGUGACUAGUAAAUACCUAUUAGAGUAUAAAAUUACAGUACUGAACAGAAGCAAAUAUGCCAUGUGCUUUCUUUUUCCCUUUUAUUUUUCCUUGUCUUGAUUUGGCAAUCUACACUUGAUCCUUGGUUAGCAGUGGGGCAUCAAGCCUUUCAAACCUUGGGUAAAUGAAAAAGAAAAGCUGAAUAUUUAGAGGAAUACCAGGGUUUAAAUCUUCUCUCCUAAAAGGAGUCUUGCAUGGGCAGUUUAGGAGCUUUGAAGCUGAGAGGACCAGAUAGAUCUGUGUUUACUGGCAGAGAUUUCAAGGGAGAUUUCAGACCUUCACUCUGACACCACCAUGGUGAAAGAGAAUUGGUUGUGUGGGAAUUUUGCCCCUCAGUGCUCAGUGCAGAGCAUUUGACUGUGGCCACACUGUCUGAGAGUGGUCAGUCCUGGCAGGUUUGAGUGCCAAGAACCAGACUUAGGGUAUAAGAAGGAAAACAGGUUUUUGUGGUAGAUAAAUGGCUCUGAGAUUUACAUAAUUAUAGAAAAGAAAUCAAAUAACUCUUAAAAGGUGGAGUUGGUAUUUUAUGUGAUUGUCAUUUUUUUAAGACUUGCUGGAACAAUUUCUUAUAUUUGCAAAACACAUCUGUUGGAUUAAUUUUACUUUAUUCCUUAUCUGUAUGAACCACUGCUUUGGCUGUGGUACUAACAUGGUGACUCUGCAUGUGAGAGGGUCUUAAAUAUUCUCUCAUCAAAGGAAUAAUAAUAAAAAAAGCCUUGAGUAUUAUCUGUUUUAA